GCCUCCUCAGAUCAACAUAUCGAGAUACUCUGAGCAGUUCUCUCCCUCUCAUGCCAACCUAUUACGCUCUCUGACUUUUCUCCUCAGUUCCAGUGAAAUAGUGUGUGCAGAGAAUAUGCUUUAACAAUGGCAAAAUCGGAUAACCGCAGUGCGUCAAAGACAUCUACUGUGACUUCAAAAAACAGGUGCCACCAGCCAGCGCCAACUUGUCCAACUGAGGAGUCUUCCCUCCUACUGCCUGAGGAGACCCAGACAUGACAACAGACCCGGCAGCAGAUCUGCCUUUUUACUAUGGCAGCAUCAGUCGUUCGGAUGCCGAGGAGUACCUGAAGCUGGCGGGCAUGGCUGACGGGCUGUUCCUGCUCCGCCAGUGCCUGCGCAGCCUGGGCGGCUAUGUCCUCUCUGUGGUGUGGAAUGUGGAAUUCCACCACUACUCUGUGGAGAAACAGCUCAUCGGCACCUAUUGUAUCGCUGGUGGCAAGUCCCAUUGUGGUCCAGCGGAGCUUUGUGAGUUCUACAGUAAAGACCCCGACGGCCUGGUAUGCACUCUGAGGAAGCCGUGUCUCCGCUCCCCAGAUGUCCCCAUUAAAGCAGGUGUCUUUGAUAACCUGCGAGAAAACAUGCUGAGAGAGUAUGUACGACAGGCCUGGAACUUGGAGGGGGAGGCCAUGGAGCAGGCCGUCAUCAGCCAGGCUCCACAGCUGGAGAAGCUUAUCGCCACCACCGCACAUGAGAAGAUGACUUGGUACCAUGGCAAGAUCCCUCGCCAGGAGGGGGAAAGGCGGCUCUAUUCCGGGGCACAGCCAGAUGGAAAGUUCCUAAUUAGAGACAGAGAAGAGUCUGGCACCUUUGCCCUCUCUUUGAUGUAUGGGAAAACAGCUUACCACUAUCAGAUCCUACAUGACAAAUCAGGGAAAUACUCUAUGCCAGAAGGAACCAAAUUCGACACUGUGUGGCAGCUGGUUGAGUAUCUGAAGAUGAAGCCUGAUGGACUAGUGACAGUUUUGAGAGAACCAUGUGUGAACAACACCACCAAACAAACACCUGUUUUGCCAUCAGGGAGACGACAGAGAACAAAUGGAUACACACCGCCACCUGGAGUCCCUCUGGGUGGUUCCAAGGAAGUGACCGCCUCACCCCCAACAGAGCGGCAAAUGCUGCCCAUGGACUGCAAUGAAUUUGCCAACCCCUACCAUGACCCCAAUGACCUGAAGAAGUUCUUCAUCAAUCGGGACCAGUUAAUGAUUGAUGAGGUGGAGCUCGGCUCUGGCAACUUUGGUUGUGUCAAGAAAGGAGUCUUCAAAACACAAAAGGGUCAUACUGACGUGGCUAUCAAGGUGCUGAAGAGUGAGAACGAGAAACUGGUGAAGGAGGAAAUGAUGAGGGAGGCAGAGAUCAUGCAUCAACUGAGUAACCCUUACAUUGUCCGCAUGCUGGGGCUCUGCGAGGCCGAGAGCCUAAUGCUGGUGAUGGAGAUGGCUGCUGCUGGACCGCUCAACAAGUUCCUCUCAACCAAAAAAGACACCGUCACAAUGGAGAACAUAGUCGGAUUGAUGCACCAGGUGUCUAUGGGAAUGAAGUACUUGGAGGAGAAGAACUUUGUGCACAGAGACCUGGCAGCUCGUAAUGUACUGCUGGUCAACCAACAGUUCGCCAAGAUCAGUGACUUCGGUCUGUCUAAGGCUUUGGGUGCUGAUGACAGCUAUUACAAGGCACGCACAGCAGGAAAAUGGCCACUGAAGUGGUAUGCUCCAGAAUGCAUGAACUUCCACAAGUUCUCCAGCAAGAGUGAUGUCUGGAGCUUUGGUAUCACCAUGUGGGAAGCCUUUUCUUAUGGAGGAAAACCAUACAAGAAAAUGAAAGGCCCAGAGGUGAUCAGUUUCAUUGCCAAUGGGAAUCGAAUGGAAUGUCCACCUGGAUGUCCAGACAGAAUGUACGCCUUGAUGAAAGACUGCUGGACAUACAAACAUGAGGACCGGCCAGGCUUUGUGAAGGUGGAGGAGCGCAUGCGAGCCUUUCAUUACUCCAUAUCGAACAAAACAUUGCCAGAGGGGACUGCAGACAUUGCUGAGCCUCUUAAGUAGAACAGGGACAAGAGACACUCUGUCCCCACACAUUUUAAUGCAUCAUUGAGAAAGACAAAGAGCUUAUUGUGGACUUGGCAACAGUAGACAGCUUCAACAACAGGCAUCUACUGUAAACAGCUAAACAAGCCUUAUUAAUGCAGAGUGAGUUUGUAAUCAGUCAUUCAUGUGAAGACACUCUUGUUGUGAAAGGUAGCUCAAGACUGCAUCAUCUGAUGUUUUGAUUUGUUUAGAAAUAAAUGCCCCAAAGAAAUAGUGCAAUGGUACAUUUAAAGUUUGCAUUUUUGCAAGUGUAAUUGUAAUUCAUUUAGGGCAAAGUGUGACUUGUGUUUCUGUUGAAGAUCUUCAGCUCUAUGGAUAUUCCUUAAACCCAAUGCAUUAAUAUAACCUGAUGUAUCUAUACCAAGUACUCUAACUAUGGAGGGUACAGUAAAUGGAUGAGGAAAAAAUACAUUUACUUAAAGGAUAACUGUCCAAUUUCAGCCUUUGCCAAUUAAUACAAUUUGUGUUUCAAGUUGUGUGUGCAGGAAUUGUUCAAAAUAUAUAUUUUGGAGUUGGGUAAAAUAUUUCGAGUGUGAUAGAUCACACCUAUUUCUGGUGAUGAAAUCUCUCAGUAAAACAAAGUUAAAUAAAACACUUGCUUGUUAUUUUUUUAAGAAUUAUAUUUUAUUUAUUUGUACUUUUAAAUCAACUUUAAUUGAACAUUUUGCGAACCCCUGGCCUGAUGAGAAUAGGCCUCACCAACAGGGGUGUCACCAAACCCGAGCUUCAGCCCGGAGUGUUAAGCGAGCAGACGCAGCUGGGAUGGUGUCAAUGAAACAAGUCAUAUUUUCUCGUAAAAUUUAGUUUAGCAAA